AUGUCCGUUAACGAAGACAUCGAAAUGGAUCAUGACGUCGCCAACGCCAACGCCGAGGAGAAUCGGUUCGAUUACUAUAAUAAUCGCUCACCAAGCUCUGGAUUUGUCCUGAAAUCGAGAGACAAUUCACCCGAGAUUAUCAUAAGAACAGUUCACGACACAACCGACGACGACGAUCUCGACAUGAACUCGUUGCUAGGCGACAAUGACUUCGAACUUGAUGACGACUUUAUUGUCUCCCCUCAACCUCCGAGAACGACUNNCAAGCUCGAGCCCAAAGUCGAGCCUAGUUCAGAGGUCGCGAUCACAAAUGAGACCACAAGAUCCAGAAGCAUAAACGAUGUCAUUGAUCUGACAGGCGAGCCAGACAUAAUCGAUGAACCUAUGAGAGCUGGCAGCAGAAGCGUGCAAGUCAUUGAUCUGACGCAUGUCAAAGAUCUUGUUGUUAAACAACACAGCUCGGGCAUUGAUCUCAUUGAGCUCGAAGAUUGA